AUGGAUUUAGAAAAUUUUUGUCAAUCUCUGCCGAAAUUGGAACUUCACGCUCAUUUAAAUGGAUCCUUAAGCAUAGAUACUUUGAAAAAAUUAUAUAAAAUGCAAAAUCCUAAUUCAGAAGGCUAUGAAAAUAUACUCAUGAGUAUAAAAGACUGCUCGUCAUUAGGCGAGUGUUUCAAAGUAUUUGACAUAGCACAUUCAUUAACAGUUACACCAGAGGCAGUUUUUCAUUCUACUUAUGAUACAGUUAAAGAAUUUAAAGAUGACAAUGUCAUAUAUUUGGAGCUUAGAAGCACACCACGUGCUGUUCAAGGGAAAAUGACAAAACAAGAAUAUGUAGAAGCAAUUAUAAAAGCAUUUGAGGUCUGCAAAAUUGAUUAUCCAAGCAUAUUAAUAAAAUUACUAAUAUCUAUAAAUCGUAAACAAGGAUAUAAGGCAGCACAAGAAAAUAUAGAAUUAGCAAUAAAUUUCAUUAAGAAGUAUCCACAAUAUAUUGUUGGACUUGACCUUAGUGGAGAUCCAAUGACAGGGAGUGCAUUUUUAGAAUUAUUACAAAAGGCAAGAAUGGCUGGGCUUAAAAUUGCAGCCCAUUGCGCAGAGGUUCCUAAUGAAACAGAGACAAUAGAUAUUUUCGAAUUUAAGCCAGACAGAUUUGGACAUUGUACUUGUGUUCAUCCUGCUUUACAAGGGUCAAGCAAAUUAUUUAAUCUGCUGCUCGAUUCAAAAAUUCCUGUAGAAUUGUGUUUAACCUCGAAUGUUCAGUGUAAAACAGUAUCUACUUAUGAGUCUCACCAAUUUAAAUAUUUGUUUGAAGCUGGACAUCCUAUUUGUCUUGCCACCGACGACAAAGGCGUUUUCCAUACGACUUUGUCUCGAGAAUACGAAAUAGCUAGUUUAACGUUUAGCUUGAAUCGAGAUCAACUUAUAAAACUUUGUAUGUCGACCGUCGAAUAUGCUUUUGCAACAUCAGAAGAGAAGCGGGUAUUGUUAUCUACGAUCAACAAUUUUAAUCAUAAAAUUUGUAAUACUAUGAAUUGAAAUCGCAAUGAUACAUUAUCAAUGAAACUACGGCGAAACAAGAAAGAUUUUUAUAAAUCGGAAAUAUUUACUAGACACAAGCACAUGGUCGAAUGAAUGACUUCUUAACUAACAAUGUUUUAUAAAAGUCAAUAAUGCGAGCCAAAACUAUACAUCAAAAGAAAGAUACGUGUGAUUAACAAAGGCGUAACAAGGUCAUGAAACUAUUGAUAUAAAAGUAGUCGAUUUUAUUCGUUAUGAUAUUUGUGGGCGCGUUUACAUGGAUUUACAGAUAACUAAGUUGCUACUUACGGAGACUAAAAUAGUUAAAUGUCAUCAGUGUUCCAUGUUUUCUUUCAAGAUCGUAUAUAGUAUAUACAACAUUUAUAAUAGUUAUUACAAUAUUAUGCUUGUAAAUGUGGUGUAUCUUUGUUUCGACAUUGAAGAAGAAAUUAGUAAUACUUACAAACCGGCGCCAAACAGUCGGUUCGAUAAACACUAACGAUCGUUUCAUAAGCUAUCAAAAUCACAAUCGAGUGCGACAAAACUAUAAAAUGUUGCAUGUAUUUUUUUUGUUGCUCAUUUUUUCACCGAACUGUCGUUCAAUAAUUUCGUGUUUCGUGUAAAGAAUUAAAAAAUAGAAAACCGAACUUAGCACCACAUCAAAAGAAAAGCUCGAAAAGGUAAAUCGUGUAUGGCCAUUAAUUUCGAGAUCAUUGCGGGAAUAUUUUCCUUUUUUACUCGAGACCAAACAUCUCAAACAAAAAUGAUAAAAAGGGAUCA